CUUUGGUGUGUGUCGGCUGGGCUGCUUCUCUGCUCAGAUUUGUUCUUCCUCCUCUGUCUCUGUCUCCACAGGCUUGUAAGACAUGGAGUCGUUUUUGUUUACAUCCGAGUCUGUGAACGAGGGGCACCCAGACAAGCUCUGUGACCAAGUCUCCGACGCUGUCCUGGACGCUUGCCUCGAACAAGACCCUGACAGCAAAGUCGCAUGCGAGACUUGCACCAAGACCAACAUGGUCAUGGUUUUUGGUGAAAUCACCACUAAGGCCAAAGUUGACUACGAGAAGAUUGUCCGUGACACUUGUCGCGCCAUCGGCUUCGUCUCAGCUGACGUCGGUCUCGACGCUGACAACUGCAAAGUACUGGUCAACAUCGAGGAGCAGAGUCCUGACAUUGCUCAGGGUGUUCAUGGUCAUUUCACCAAACGCCCCGAGGAGAUUGGAGCUGGUGAUCAAGGUCACAUGUUUGGGUACGCCACGGAUGAGACUCCUGAGCUUAUGCCGUUGAGUCAUGUCUUGGCUACGAAGCUUGGUGCGCGUCUCACUGAGGUUAGGAAGAACGGGACUUGCCCUUGGGUGAGGCCUGACGGGAAGACACAAGUCACUGUUGAGUAUUACAAUGACAACGGUGCUAUGGUUCCUGUCCGUGUGCACACUGUUCUUAUCUCCACUCAACACGAUGAAACUGUCACCAACGAUGAGAUCGCGCGUGACCUCAAAGAGCAUGUGAUUAAGCCGGUGAUCCCCGAGAAGUACCUAGACGAGAAAACCAUCUUCCACCUAAACCCAUCUGGCAGAUUUGUCAUUGGUGGACCACAUGGUGACGCUGGUCUGACCGGACGCAAGAUCAUCAUCGACACGUACGGUGGUUGGGGAGCUCACGGUGGCGGUGCGUUCUCAGGCAAAGACCCAUCGAAAGUGGAUAGAAGCGGCGCGUAUAUAGCUAGACAGGCAGCUAAGAGCAUUGUAGCCAGUGAUCUAGCACGCAGGGCUCUAGUUCAGGUCUCUUACGCCAUUGGUGUCCCUGAGCCAUUGUCUGUUUUCGUUGAUACGUAUGGAACAGGGAAGAUUCCAGACAAGGAGAUUCUCAAGAUUGUGAAGGAGAAUUUCGAUUUCAGGCCAGGCAUGAUGACAAUUAACCUUGACCUCACGAGAGGUGGCAAUGGGAGGUUCUUGAAGACUGCUGCUUAUGGACACUUUGGCAGGGAGGAUCCUGACUUUACCUGGGAGGUUGUUAAACCGCUCAAGGCAGACAAGGCUUAAAGAAGAGUCUGCUUAUCGUUUUAAACUGUUUUAAAUCGCUUGUGUGGUUUUCAGUAUUGAUCUGGUUUGGUUUGUUAUUUUAUUAAUGUGAUGUUAUGUAUUUUUGGAU